GGAGGAGGUGAGGAGGGUUUGCUGGGUGGGUAUGGGGGAGGGGGAGACUCUGCAGGAGCCUAAUUCCCCACUCUGAGCUCACUCUUCUGUCUGCCCGGGCCCUACCCCUUCUCCUACUCUCACCCUUAUAAUCCUUUUCAGCACUAGGUCUUCCUGUCACCUCCACCUCCCUCCAUGACCCUGCUCUGCUUACCCAGACCCGAAGCACGUGAGGAUCCGAUCCCAGUUCCUCCAAGGGGCCUGGGUGCUGGGGAGGGGUCAGGUAGUCCAGUGCGUCCACAUGUGUCUGCCUGGGGCCCUAGCUGGGCCCAGCUCCUGGACAGUGUCCUAUGGCUAGGGGCACUAGGACUGACAAUCCAGGCAGUCUUUUCCAUGACUGGCCCAGCCCUGCUGCUGCUUCUGGUCAGCUUCCUCACCUUUGACCUGCUCCAUAGGCCCGCAGGUCGCACUCUGCCACAGCGCAAACUUCUCACCAGGGGCCAGAGUCAGGGGGCCGGUGAAGGUCCUGGACAGCAGGAGGCUCUACUCCUGCAAAUGGGUACAGUCUCAGGACAACUUAGCCUCCAGGACGCGCUGCUGCUGCUGCUGCUCAUGGGGCUGGGCCCGCUCCUGAGAGCCUGUGGCAUGCCCUUGACCCUGCUUGGCCUGGCUUUCUGCCUCCAUCCUUGGGCCUGAGAGCCCCUCCCCACAACUCAGUGUCCUUCAAAUAUACAAUGACCACCCUUCUUCA